UAAUAAUAAUAAUAAUAAUAAAAAGAGCUUAGUAUGAAUACUCUUUUUUUAUUCUUGUCAUUAAAAUGUCCAACAUUACAAGUACAAACACGACAACCAAUGUCACUCCUAUUGAUUCUAAUGAAUCUACACCUGCACCCACUACAACGACAAAGCCAACUAAAACAGACAAGAAAAAGAAACCUAAAAAGAAAUCUAAAAAACGUACACGCAAACCCACGUUAAAAACCAAAGUCGUAGUGAGACGAUUACCUCCUAAUUUACCUCAAGACAUCUUUAUGAAUUCAGUCAAACCUUGGGUUCAUGAAGACAAUGUAGACUAUUCCCUUUAUGUUGCUGGUAAAUUGAGUAAAAGCAAAGCAAAAGAAAAUAUAUUCUCGCGUGCUUAUUUUCACUUCAAGACUAUGGAUGAUGUAGUUGCUUUUCAUCAAGGAUUUGAUGGUCAUGUAUUUAUCGAUAGUCGUGGCAAUGAAUACAGAGCUGUUGUCGAGUUUGCUCCUUACCAAAAAGUACCGAGAGAACACAAAACAGUGGAUACACGUCAAGGUACUAUUGAUCAAGAUCAAGAUUACCUUGAUUUUAUCGAGUCUUUGAACGCAGAAAAAAACGCUGCUACACAAGAACAACAAGAGCCUGCUGAUGGUCUUUCUCAAAUUGAACGUUUAGAGAACAGAAUUGCCAUGGUGACAGCAAAAACAUUAGCUGCUGAACAAGCCAAUAAACCAAAAACAACACCUUUACUUGAACAUUUACGUGCUCAAAAAGCAGCUCAAGCAGCAGCCAAAGCUAAAGCAGCAGCUAAAAAGAAUGCAAGAAGAAAAGCAGAAAAACAAGCGAAAAAAGCAAAUGAAUCUCAACAACAGCAACAACAACAACAACCACAGCAGCAGCAACCAGCUACUACAGAAAAGAAGAAACGAGUACGUAAUAGAAAGAAAGAAGGUGAUAAACAAGAUGAUGCAAAAACUCGUCCACCUAGAGAGCCCAAAUCCAACAACAAGCCUCAUGAAACCAAUAAACCAAAGAAAUCCAAUAACAAUAAAAAGCAGACAGAUAAACCUCAAGUUGUCAAGAUUCUUGGACGUCAACCACCCGCUACUUCUUCAAGCAAGUAAACGAAAGAAAAAAAAAGGACAUGGUGUUAUAUGUGUGUGUGGAAACAACUAUUAACCACAUUGGAAUAAACAUCAAAGAAGAAAGUAAGCGAGAAAGAAAGAAAGAAGGAAAAGCAUAGGCAAGAUUUAAAUGAAGCAUAAAAAUAAUAAAC